AGGAACAUGCUUUUGGCACCAACGCUGAGUUGUCCUACAGUCCCACUUUCCAAUGGUCUGCAGAUUCCAAUAUUCGGAUUAGGUACCACCUCACAUGAGGGCGGAUACUCCCACAAUGCCGUUGUGUACGCACUCACGGAGUGUGGCGUGCGCCACAUCGACACAGCAAAGCGCUACGGCUGUGAGGAGAAGCUGGGUAACGCUGUCAGAGAAAGUGGGAUACCACGAAGUGAUCUGUGGGUCACCAAUAAACUGUGGCCCGGGGACUAUGGAUACAACGCUGCAAAGAAAGCCUGCCUGGACUCCUGCUCACAGAUGGGCUUUGAAUACUUUGAUCUGUACCUGAUGCACUGGCCAGAAGCAACGCAACCCGGUUGCUCCAACAGGGAGAUGAGAGCUGACACCUGGAGAGCUCUGGAGGAACUGCAUAAAGAAGGGCUGUGCUCUGCUAUUGGAGUGAGCAACUUUUUGGUCCACCACCUUGAAGAGUUAAAGGAAGACUGUAGUGUCGUGCCACAUGUUAACCAGGUGGAGUACCAUCCUUUCCAGCAGCCCAAUCAGCUGAUGAAGUACUGUCGUCAGGAGGGAAUUGUAUUCGAAGGGUACAGUCCUCUGGCCAGAAGUCAAGUCCUCAACAACCCAACCGUUCUUCAGAUCGCACAAAAAUACAGACGCACGCCCGCUCAGAUCUGCAUCCGCUGGAGUAUUCAGAAUGGAGUUGUCACAAUACCAAAAUCCAUAAAAAAGGAGAGGAUUCAAGAAAACUGUCAAGUGUUUGGGUUCCAGUUGGAGGAGUCCGACAUGGCCACUUUAGGAAGCUUGGAUGAUGGAAGACAUGUGACUUGGGAUCCAACAAAUGUGGAGUAACAAACUCGGAUUGUGUUUGUCUUGGAACUAGGUCACUGACAGUUAGCCUUAAGAAAUCUUGAGAUUGUAAGAAGAUUUUAAUUAGUACUUUUGUUCAUUAGAAGUGUGUCCACCCUCGCCUGAAGUAGACUCUACUAUGAUGCCAGAUUAGUUCAUCUCAGUUACCUCUUCUGGAAGGAAUAUACAGAUGUGCAUGUUUAGUCAGUACAAAUACAAUACAAUACAAAUAUCUUCUUUUUAUUUUAAUAGUGCAAGAAUGACAAGCAUCGGUAACAAAGAAAAUAUGAUCUGUACAAGGAGGAAAUUCAACAUCGUUGACACUAUAUACUGUUACUUGACUAGAGUUGUGGUUUAAUCUACUACAAAGGAAUAUAUUACAGAAAGAGCUCAGACUACUUCGACGUAUAGCCUGUGACAUACAUUUUAUCCUCGGCUCUCUUGACCAGAGGUUCAAACAAUAUGCCCAGUAAUAAAAAUAUGGAAUGUUAUUAGUUUCAAGGAGCUGAAACAAAAUUAUACAUUAGACAAUCAGAACCAUUUCAGAUAUUUGCAGUUAAGGGACUUUUAUGACAGAGAAAUGAAGCACAAUGUAAAUCUAGAUUUAAAAUAAAAUGGAAUAGUACCAUUGAACCAUGAUUGGAGAUUACAAAUCAAAGAAAUAUAGAAUACUAUAUAUGUUAUAUCAGCACCUGGAGAGAAGAGGAAACAUAUGUGAAGCUGAUAUGUGAAGAAGAACUAGGUGUUAAUAUUACAGAAGAUAAAUGAUUGCAUGUUUGGAGAACACAACAGUCUUCAACAUCUUCACAUACUGUAUUAGAUUCUUUUCAACACCCCAAAUUAUGAGUCAUUUCUUGUCUGUAGCAAAACCAUGUUGGAGAAGCUACAGGCCAAUAAAUCAUUCACAUGUAUUUUGGCUUUGUCCUAAAAUCUUAGUUUUGAGUACUGUUCACGUGAUAAUCAAAAUGCUGCGCUAUUGUAUACCAAGGGCCACAUGUGGUAGCCUACUGUACUUCAGCAAUAUAUAGUAAAGGAGAUACUGUGUUACGAGAAGGCCGAUGUUGAAAGUCUUGUUUGCGGCUCGUAAGAAGGCCAUUACGAAGAGAUGGUACGAGGCAGAAACACCAACGCAAGAUGGAUGACAGAAAAAUGUGAAAGAAAUAUAUGAUAUGGAACUGUUAACUCACAGGAGAAGAGGUCAAGAGGAGCGACGAAUGGGAUGAAUGGAGGAUGCUUACAUGUCAAUGGAUGGAGAAGAUAAUAUAUGUCACAGGAAUAAAUAGGUUUUGUGAUGUCAAAAGGAUGGUAUGCCAUUAAAAAGUCAUAGCAUAGUAUGUCACAAA